GAGGGAGUAGACUCAGAGAUCUCCAGAGACAUUCUGAAAGGACUUGGCAGGUUUGAAAAUGCAUUGGCUGCAGAAACUCCAGGGGCUUUGCAUCCUAUGGAGGACUCAGAUGUCCAAUCACACUGUCCGCAUUCAUAGCAGGCAACUGGCAUCACUGCAGUGGGGUCACCAGGAAGUUCCUGCCAAAUUUAACUUUGCUAGUGAUGUGAUAGAUCACUGGGCUCACAUGGAGAAGGCUGGCAAGCGACCCCCUGGCCCAGCCCUGUGGUGGGUGAGUGGCGACGGGGAUGAGGUGAUGUGGAACUUCAGCCACCUGAGUGAACUCAGCCAGCAAGCAGCCAAUGUCUUCUCAAGUGCUGGCCUGCAGCGUGGGGACCGCGUGGCCGUGGUGCUGCCCCGACUGCCUGAGUGGUGGCUGGUGACGCUCGGCUGCAUGCGAGCAGGCCUUGUCUUCAUACCCGGGACUGUCCAGAUGAAAGCCAAAGACAUUCUCUACAGGCUGCAGGUGUCUAAGGCCACAGCCAUCGUGGCUGGGGAUGAAGUGACUCAGGCAGUAGACACUGUGGCACCUGACUGCCCAUCUCUGAAAAUGAAGCUACUGGUGUCUGAGAAAAGCCGGGAUGGGUGGCUGGACUUCAAGACACUACUAUCGAAAGCAUCCACCACUCACUCUUGUGUGGAGACUGGAAGCCAGGAAGCAGCUGCCAUCUACUUCACCAGCGGGACUAGUGGCCUCCCUAAGAUGGUGGAGCACUCCCACUCAAGCCUGGGGAUAAAGGCCAAGAUGGAUGCUGGAAAAUGGACAGACCUGCAAGCCUCUGACAUAAUGUGGACUAUCUCAGACACAGCCUGGGUGCUGAACAUCGUAGCCUCACUUCUGGAGCCAUGGACCUCAGGAGCAUGCACGUUUAUCCAUCUUUUGCCAAAGUUUGACCCACUGGUCAUUCUAAAGGUGCUCUCCAGCUAUCCAAUCAACAACAUAUUAGGAGCACCCAUUAUUUACCGGAUGUUGCUACUAGAGGACCUUUCCAGUUACAAGUUCCCACAUCUAAAGCACUGCUUCAGUGGAGGGGAUGCCCUCCUUCCAAACACUCUGGAGGACUGGAGGGCCCAGACAGGACUGGACAUCCGAGAAUUCUAUGGCCAGACAGAAACGGGACUCACUUGCAGAAUUUCCAAAACAAUGAAGAUCAAACCUGGCUACGUUGGAACUGCUAUUCCUCAUUAUGAUGUGCAGGUAAUAGAUGACAAGGGCAAUGUCCUGCCCCCUGGUACCGAAGGAGACAUUGGCAUCAGGGUCAAACCCGUGAAGCCUAUAGGCAUCUUCUCUGGCUAUGUGGACAAUCUUGAGAUGACACAAUCCAACAUUAGAGGGGAUUUUUGGCUGAUGGGAGACCGGGGAAUCAAGGAUCAAGACGGAUAUUUCCAGUGCCUGGGACGGUCUGAUGAUGUCAUUAAUUCUAGUGGGUACCGGAUUGGGCCCUCCGAAGUGGAGAAUGCACUGAUGGAGCACCCUGCUGUGGCUGAGACAGCUGUAGUCAGCAGCCCGGAUCCCAUCCGAGGAGAGGUAGUGAAGGCAUUUGUGGUCCUGGCCCCACAGUUUCUGUUCAGUGACCCAGAGGAGCUCACCAAGGAGCUGCAGCAGCAUGUGAAGUCAGUGACAGCUCCGUACAAGUAUCCAAGAAAGAUGGAGUUCGUCUUGGAUCUGCCCAAGACUAUCACAGGGAAAGUCCAGCGGGCAAAGCUUCGAGACAAGGAGUGGAAGAAUUCCAGGCGGGUCAGGGCCCAAUGAUACUGGCCAGGAACUUUACUUCGGGUCCUGCCUUUCUUCGCCUUUUAUUUACAUUUGGGUCAUCUGCCUUCCUUUGGGAAUAUGAGAUUCUUUAUGACAAGACAUGAACUGAUUUUUGUCUUUGCUUGGUUAUUGGUUCAAAAUCUUGCCAUGUUAAGUGUUGAAAAACGAAAAGGAGGGGAGAAAUGAGAGAGAGAGGGAAGGAGAGGAGAACAGAGAAAGAAAAGAAAAUGAGAGAAAAAUUAAAAUAGCAAUAGAAAGAAAUCAAGAAAUAAAGGAGGGAGGGAAGGAUGGCAGGUUGGAGGCAGGGAGGAAAGAUGGAAAUAAUUAAAGGGAGGAAGAGAAAUAGUGAUGGGGGAAAAUUUGAAGUUUAUAACUUUAUGCUAGCUCUGUUUCUGUAAAAACUGCUUGCUGUGCUGCGAUAAGAACAAGAUGACCUAGUUAUCAACUGUAACUGAUGAGGAAAAUUGGAACUUCAAUACUUGUGAUUGCUUACUCUCCUCUAUCUUGCAAAAGCCUGCUCACCACUCUCAGUUAAACAGUAAAAUGAGUUACUAGAGUGAUCAGAUAAGGGAAGAAUGCCUCGUUCUUAGGCACCCACCCCAAGCCUUUGUUUGAGACCCCUUGCACAUAGGCUUGUUAUGUGAUCAUUAACUUCAACCUGUAACCAAUAUGAGAAUGCCAAUUGUGACCUUAGUCCUGAUAAGAAUGUAAUGUCCUGCUCCAGCAAGUUUGUUAGAAGCCUUCCCCCUUAUGUGUGUGGCCCAUAGCAACUCCCGUGCUCUGUAACUGCCCGUAACCUAUAGUAAUUUUGUAACCAGUCAGUUUGUACCAGUUAUAGCUGUAUGUUUUAAUCUAUAUAAGGAGAAGACGUCCCUGAAAUGGGGCCCAGAAUUUUGGAGUGUUAGCUAUUCUGGGUCUGCAGGUGUAAUAAACCUGAGUUCUCCAGCUCUCUGAGUGUGGUGCUUGGUUUCUCGUGGGAUCGGUUUUCUGCAAGAAUAGAAGGAGGAGAAAGGAAGAAUAAAGGAAGGAAAGAAGGAAGGU